CACGCACCAAUACCAGCGCAGCACUUCACCGCCUGCAACAACGUAUUAUACGUCUCUCUCGACUCCUCGCCAACCUCAGCUUCAUUCAGUCACCAUGGCCACGACCUUCUCGACCGCGACUGCGAUCCCGCAACAUGCACCCUACCAACACCACGCCUACCGCAAGAGCACCCACUCGCAGUACUCGCCCACCCACUCGGGCAUCAACACGCCCGCCAACGUCUCGCCCACGUCGCCGCGCACCACACACCUGCCCCUCGCCCGCCAUCAGGGCAUCUACCAGCCGCGCACCGCCAUCGGCAUCCCCGCGGCGCUGCGCAAGACAGAGAAGCCCGGCAGCAAGUCGCCGCCCAAGGUCGACUCGGGCCUGUCCUCCCCCAACCAGGGCUGGUCGGCUGGCACCUACGGGUGGGUCGCCAACGAGGGCAACGCGACACCCGUCUCGCAGAUUGGCAAUGAAGACAUGCAGAGCCUCUACAACGCCGAACCACUGUCGCCCGUUGCGGGGCCAAUCACACGCAACCACUGGCAGGCUGACGGUUCCACUUCGGUGUGCUCGGCAUCCAGCUGCCAGGAGCCCUUUGGCUUCUUCCAGCGCCGCCACCACUGCCGCAAGUGCGGCGGCAUCUUCUGCUGGCAGCACUCGCGCAACAACGUGCGUCUCGACGAGCUCGCCCGCUUCCAUCCAGAAGGCCAUUGGCACCGUGCCUGCGACCGUUGCCACAGCUCCUUCCGCGAGUGGGAACACCUCCGCUCUAGCCGCACCAACAGCGAGAGCUCCGACAGCAGCAACAGCAGCCCCGCUACCGCCAAGUCCAUCGAGACUCCUGCCCCAGCCAAGCGUCCAGAGAACACGCGCGUAGGCAGCCUGGCGCAGAGCUUCCAAGGCACAUGGAACUGGAGCACUUUCUAAACAUACCCACUGUUGCUUUCAUCGCCCACAUCAACCUUCAUAUCUUCAUAACACCUGGACGGACCGACUUCCUGCUCCUGGGGUACUCUCUUUUGAUGAUAUCCGGAGGGGCCAGCAUCGCCUAACCGCACUGGUUCCAUUCCACCUUUUCCCAGCUUCCACACGAAGCUCUUGCAUCUGCAUCAACUAAACUGCAUAAUACCGGCGUCUCUCUUGCUUUUCCAACAUGGCGUCUUACCAGUCAACGGGGUGGUCUGCGUGUCCUUUCUCUCUUGUCUUGCGAUUCAGCGUUUUCC